UUGAACAUGUAACUUGUAAAACUUCACCGUUUUCGACUAGUUUAAGCUGUAUUUUUCAUUGAUAAAACUAAAAAUGAAGACUUGUGCUAUCCAUUGGUUCCGUAAAGGACUCCGACUUCAUGACAAUCCAGCAUUACUAGCGGCAAUUAAGAUUGCAGAAGAUGUCAAACCUGUCUUCAUCCUGGACCCAUGGUUUCCCAAGAAUGCCAACGUAGGGAUAAACAGAUGGAGAUUUUUGUUACAGACACUACAAAACUUGGAUGACAAUCUGAAAAAGAUAAAUUCACGACUGUAUGUUGUGCGUGGAAAACCUGCAGAAGUGUUUCCCCAGUUAUUUAAAGACUGGGGAGUCAGUCACCUGACUUUUGAGGAGGACACAGAACCAUAUGCUGUAAAGAGGGAUGCUGAGAUAACGAAGUUAGCAGAACAGCACAAGGUCAAGGUCACUAGUUGUGUCUCUCACACACUAUAUGACACUCAAAGGACAAUAUCAAAGAAUGGUGGAAAGGCUCCUUUAACUUAUCAGCGCCUUCAGACUGUAUUGUCUAGUCUUGGUCCCCCUCCCAAACCAACUGACAGCCCUACAGAAUGUAAGACUACGACAGAGUCAGAUCACGACAAGAAGUACGGAGUUCCCUCCCUUGAGGAUCUAGGGAAGUCUGAGGCGGACUGUGGCCCUCUUCUGUUCCCAGGAGGAGAAACAGAGGCCCUGAGGAGAAUGGAGUCCAUGAUUCAGAAAAAUAACUGGAUUUGCACAUUUGAGAAACCAAAGACAGAACCUAACACCUUAGAACCAAGUACAACUGUUCUCAGUCCCUAUCUAAAGUUUGGUUGUCUGUCUCCUAGACUUUUCUACUACAAACUCCAAGAGGUCUACAGUAAGGCCAAGAAGCACACCUCUCCUCCAGUCUCCUUGCACGGUCAGCUGCUGUGGAGGGAAUUUUUCUACACUGCUGCAGCAGACACACCUAACUUCAAUCAAAUGGAGGGAAACCCAGUGUCUAGGCAGAUCCCCUGGGACACCAAUGAAGUUUAUCUGACGGCUUGGAAAGAGGGGAAAACAGGUUAUCCAUUCAUUGAUGCCAUAAUGACUCAGCUACGACAAGAAGGGUGGGUACAUCAUCUAGCCAGACAUGCUGUGGCCUGCUUCUUAACACGGGGGGACCUGUGGAUCAGCUGGGAGGAGGGGGAGAAGGUUUUUGAGGAGUACCUGUUGGAUGCAGACUGGAGCCUGAAUGCUGGGAACUGGAUGUGGCUCUCAGCCUCCGCCUUCUUUCAUCAGUACUUCAGGGUGUACAGUCCUGUUGCAUUUGGCAAAAAGACAGAUAAAGAUGGGAACUAUAUCAGGAAAUAUAUUCCCAAACUUAGUAAAUAUCCAACAAUCUAUAUAUAUGAGCCAUGGAAAGCACCCCUAAAGGUUCAGGAAAAGGCAGGAUGCAUCAUAGGAAAAGACUACCCUAAACCUAUUGUGGACCAUGAUGUAAUGAGGAAGAGGAAUAUAGAAAGAAUGGCUAAAGCUUACAGUGCUAAUAAAUCUGAAAACUCAGGUGAAAAAGGAAAAUCUGGAUCAGUUUCCUCUCCCAGCAAGAAAAGAAAAUCUGAGUCAAAUUCUUCACCUAGCAAGAAAAAGUCAAAAGUGGAUUAGAAACAAGCUAAGAAAUUCCACAAAAGUUUUCUUAAAAAGUAAUGACAGGACAUUUUCUGCCAGACUACCUCGACUUG